AUGUCGGAUGCUGCGAGGCGGCAAACGCCCAAGGUGUCGGAUAGGAUAGGAUCGAGGACAAUCGGGACGACGACUUUAGUGUGGGUGGGCUGUGGUUGGAGCGGCGAUGGGAGUUUCUUCCUCUGUUGUUCAUCGCCCCCUCCCCUUCAUCUCGCUCCUCUUGUUGUUUCUUGGACUAACGUUUUCCUUUCUCCGUCCAGAUCUCCUGUUCGCUCCCAACUUCUAAGCAUCCUUGAUGCUCGAAGAUUUACUUCAUCUCCAAGCCCAGACUCCGAAAGCUACACCUCCCCUUCUCCUACGUCAACUCAUCUUGUCACCAGACCCCAGCUACUUGUAUAG